AUGCAGAGCUCCGUAGUUGCAACCUCGUCCUUUCUGCAGCGUUUCCCGACGGGAGUUGAGAUCACAGCCCAAGACAAUUGGUUGGGAGUUACAGACCCAGUGGAAAGACGGAAAUUGCAGAAUCGAUUGAACCAGCGAGCACGGAGACGGCGUCGCCGAACAGCUAAUGCAAACAGCCAACUGGACCAGCAGCGGCACAUGCCCACAGAGCCCUCCGACCAGGUCGACCUUGUACUUCAGGUUCUGACUAGAAUGCACAUCCUGGGCCCAACUGCAGUCAAUGCCAGGCGUACCUUCCAGCAGCUUGAAACCAUCCUUAUGGCCCUAGGCAACACCAUCAGUGGGUCCCCCGUGGCUGAUCUACGCCUGGGGGUAACAAGACUGAACGUCAUGCGAGCAUUACAUGUCAAUCUGGAGGUACUGGGUUACCGGCCAGGUGAUAUUACCGACGAUGCGCAAUCAGUAUUCACUAUCCAGGGGCCGUCCCAUCUCCCAGGAAGGAACAUGAGCGAGGUGAAACUGCCGCCGGCGCUGAGACCGACUGCAAUUCAGCGCACGGUUCCACACCAUCCAUGGCUAGACCUCAUUCCUUUCCCAUACAUGCGGGAUACUCUAAUUCUAACCCAGGACUUCAUCGACGAAGACAAACUCUGUCGCGAUCUGUCUGGUCAGGGAGAGUCUGCCGUCCAGCACUCUCGCCGAGAGGUAGGGAUCGGCGAGACGGGUAUCCUUGUCUGGAAGGAUCCCUGGGAUCCAUCCGGCUGGGAAGUCACCGAGACAUUCCUCCGGUUAUGGGGGUGGACUGUUCGCGACUGCUGGGAUCUAUUCCGUUCGACGAACGCGUGGCGCAGUCGUCGCGGGGAGAGACCGCUGUUUGUGAUUCCUGAGAGCGGCGACUGA